UUAUUUUCCGUAUCACAGAAUUCAGCAGUUUAAAUUUGCCAGCCCCCCAGCCUUCAUAUUUUCUAUUUAUGCUGCUCCAUCAACACAUUGAGUCCCGUGAAGCACUAGCUUUACCCUCCAAUCAGUGACCUGUAGCUUUAAUUUCUCUUCUUCUUAUAUCUGAUAAAAAAUUGCAGGGUAGUUCCGUGUUCUUAGCUAACUGUUGAGUAAUGAGCAGGUGGAACAGACUGAGAAAACGCCACUGACAGAAGGAGGGAAUUUAUCCACUGUUCUUUCUAUUGAUAACUUUUCACUCCUGAUUUUUAAUAAGGCAGUUUGGAAACAGGCUCCUGUGUGACUCAUAGGUGGAAAAUAUCAUGGACUUAAAUAAUGCGCAGCAAUUAACUUCUCUCCUCCCCUCUCCAACGUUACUCAUGUCCUACAUUUUGAGGACAAAUUAAAUGGAAAACUUGCUGAUUUUUGUGAGUGUUAUCACUGCAUGUCAUUAAACCAUGCCUUUGGGAAAGAUGCUUGGGCCAACCCAGCAGUGUGGUGCUGCCCAUUCAGUAAAUGGGUGCAGUGAGGGGCUGGAGGAAGCAUUUGGGGGGGAUAUGGGAGCACCUCCAAUGCCUCCUCAACUUGCUCUCAGCCUGGAGCUCAUUCAGCCUGCAAGCUGACAGAGAGCAUCCUCAACACUGAAAAUCCCCUGAGAAAUGUCUGUUUCUGUACAGCAUUGGCGCGCAAUGUUGUGCCUGGGAGCCUUGAUCCCUGGCUGCAGACCCUACAGCUAGUGUGACGCUGAGGAGUAAUGCUGUCUGCAAUGGAUGUUUCUUAAAAUCACGGACUGUGGCAUAAAGCACUGCUGACACAUUUAUCUGACCUGGAUAUCAUCACUCUGUUAUUAGAAUGAAAUAGCGUGACUCUGAGAUUAACCUGAAAGUAGAACUAACAACGUGACAAUUCAUAAUGGCUCUCGCAUUCCUUCCACAGGAAAAACUGCUUAGACAAUCUAAUGGAUGAAGAUGAGAAAGACAGGGCAAAGAGGGCUUCGCGUAACAAGUCUGAAAAGAAGAGACGUGAUCAGUUCAAUGUUCUCAUCAAGGAGCUCAGCUCAAUGCUUCCAGGCAACACCCGUAAAAUGGACAAAACUACUGUGCUGGAAAAAGUCAUUGGCUUUCUGCAAAAACACAAUGAAGUGUCGGCUCAGACGGAGAUUUCUGAAAUUCAGCAGGACUGGAAGCCUUCAUUUCUCAGCAACGAGGAAUUCACCCAGCUGAUGUUGGAGGCAUUGGACGGCUUCAUCAUAGCAGUAACCACAGGUGGGAGCAUCAUCUACGUGUCUGACAGCAUCACACCUCUUCUAGGGCAUUUACCAUGUGAUGUCUUGGAUCAGAAUUUGUUAAAUUUCCUCCCGGAACAAGAACAUUCAGAAAUUUAUAAGAUGUUAUCUUCCUGUAUGCUUAUGACAGAUUCUGCCUCAUCGGAUUACCUAAAAACUGACAAUGAACUAGAGUUUUAUUGUCAUCUUCUGAGAGGAAGUUUGAACCCAAAGGAAUUUCCAACAUAUGAAUACAUAAAAUUUGUAGGAAAUUUUCGGUCUUACAGCAAUGUGCCUAACUCCACCUGCAAUGGCUUUGAUGAGGCUGUUCCCAGGGCUUACAGAGCAUCACCAGGAAAGCAGAUCUGCUUUGUCGCUACUGUUCGUUUGGCAACACCUCAGUUUUUAAAGGAGAUGUGCAUCGUGGAAGAGCCUUUAGAGGAAUUCACAUCAAGACACAGUCUGGAAUGGAAAUUUUUAUUCCUGGAUCACAGAGCACCGCCGAUCAUAGGAUACUUGCCUUUUGAAGUGCUGGGUACUUCUGGCUACGACUAUUACCAUAUAGAUGACCUAGAGCUGCUUGCAAGGUGCCACGAACACUUGAUGCAGUUUGGCAAGGGGAAGUCAUGCUGCUAUCGGUUUCUGACCAAAGGACAGCAGUGGAUCUGGCUCCAGACCCAUUACUAUAUCACAUACCACCAGUGGAACUCCAAGCCAGAGUUCAUUGUGUGCACACAUAUGGUGGUAAGUUAUGCAGAUGUGCGGGUGGAGAGGAGACAGGAGAUGGGCUUGGAAGAAGUGUCCUCAGAGGUUGUGUCCUCAGCACUAAAGGACAGUGGCUCCAGCUUGGAUCCUGAACAGCACUUUAAUGCGCUUGAUAUUGGUGCCUCAAUCCUCAGUGCUAGCCGGACACCCUCGGUGUCAUCCAGGAGUUCACCAAAAUCUUCCCACACACCCAAGUCUGACCCAGCAACUACACCAACAAAGCUGACUGCAGAGACAAGCACUCCCUUGCAAAGAACAUCCAGCACGCAGCAGGACUUAUCUACACACAGGCUCAGCCAGCCUACCGCUCUGCAGGCUUCCUUGCCUUCUCAACCUUCAUGUGAGCUUCUCCCACAGCAGUUGCUGCCUCAAGCAACUUUGCAAAGUCAGCCUGCACCACUGGCACAGUUCUCUGCCCAGUUUAGCAUGUUCCAGACCAUCAAGGACCAGCUAGAGCAGCGAACACGGAUCCUGCAGGCCAACAUCCGCUGGCAGCAGGAGGAGCUCCAGAAGAUCCAGGAGCAGCUCUGCCUGGUUCAAGAUUCCAGCGUUCAGAUGUUCCUGCAGCAGCCAGCAGUGUCCUUGAGCUUCAGCAAUAUUCAGCAGUCAGAGCCACAGCCGCUACAGCAGAGGCAGGGGGUCAUUUCUCAGCAGCAGCUUGUCCCCAGUCCUCAGCUCCCAGGGCAAAUUGCAUCUCCACAAACACCGAGCCAGCAAGUACUGAGGGAAGCAAGUGUGAUAUUGAGCCAGGGCCCAAAAGCAGAGAGGAGCACCGAGCUGACAACAGGCAGCAGCCGUCCGGCUCGCAGCACAGCCACACUGUUCGGCCCCUCCACCCCUCUGUCCCGCCGAGGCCCUGGCCCCAGCUCUGGUCCUGGUGCAUCCGCUGCUGGCUGCAGCCAUGACCAGCAGCUCAGACUGUUGCUCAGCCAGCCUAUUCAGCCUAUGAUGCCCACGUCCUGUAAUGCAAGACACUCUUCAGACCUCAGCAUGGCUGGAUCUCAGGCUAAAUAUUCUCAAAACCAACAAAUGUUUCAAAGUUUGGAAGUGCAGGCUUCCAGCAGCGGCUCUCCAAUCGUUCUGAUGGGACAAGCAGUGUUAAACCAAGGGUUUGCCACAACUCCUCCUUCCCAGUCAUCCUCCCUGCCACCUAUGCAACUCCAGCACCAACAGCAUCAGCAACAACGCUACCUGCAGGUACAAACACCAAGUUCUUUGCACAAUGAGCAAACUGAUUCUUUGCUCCUGCCAUCUUACUCACCACAGCAAGGAAGUAUGGGGUAUCAUCAGACACAGCAGCAGCAACAACUACCAAGAAGAAGCAAUAGCUUAUCAGAAUCAUCAAAUUUACCACAGCCACUGCGAUAGAGUCCCACCAGCACAAUCAAUGCACGAUUAGCUUUAACCAAUGGGCACAUGGGGCAGGAGAGAAAGACUCUGUACUUACUGUUUCGGCUUUUGCACGAGCCUUUGUUUCACAGCUCUGUGAUGCCACAGAGGACAGACUGCUGCACACAGCGCACUGACGGCACGCUGGAUUUAGUUUGUGCUGUCUUGUGAGUGCAGCACGUACUGGCAGAGCAAAACAAAGAGGAACACUAUCCUGUGCAAGGUCCAUCAUCACUGGGUGCACAGGGGGAGGAGUUCCAGCUUGGCGUGUUGCUUGGAAAGCUGUCUGGCAAUUCCAAAAGACUGUUGACAGACACAUGAGGUACAUGGCCUUCACUCUUUCAGUUCUUCUUUUGUGUAUGAAAAGCACUGCAUCAAAGGUCUAUUGAGGAGAGAACAAGAGAUUAUUUUUAUUAUGAUUAUUGUUAUUAUUUUGCACAACUGCACAGAGGACAAAACCUAGGCACUUUCUGUAAAGAGAAGUUUGUUUCCUUAUUCUUGUGGCCAAAUUAGCACAUCCAAUGGAAAAGAAAGCCUGGUCAUUGGUGAAGAUGGUCUACAGCUCAUAACCCUUGAUUUAGAAUCUGAAAAGUAUUAUGCAGCUUACCCUAACUGUUCUUUGUGACUAAGAACAAAACAACAACAACAAAAAACACUGGACUGUUUUCUAUAUGAAUUGUGAUUGCAAAGGUGAACUCAGAUUGUAAGCACAAUCACGCAUCUCUCCCGUAAUACAAGAUGGAUCCUUCUUCAAGCUAAAUAACUCACUCACUGCAAGUCUCUGAGAAAUAUGCACUGUGUUUUGGCCCACUGACUCGGGAUGCUGCAGACUAUUACAUAUCUCCUUCAUUAUAACAUUUAGGGUUGAAUUUUCCUUUGGGGGGGAAAGAAGAAAUGCACUUUUCGCUUUUUUUGUAUGUUUUCUGUUGAUAUGUUUCUAAGAAAGAUUUUAUGUAAUUAUUAAAUAAAAAGUAGUGUAUUGUACAGCUGUUGUAAUAAUGACCUAUUUCUAUAUAAAAUAAAAUUAUAUGG